AUGGCUUCAAAGAUCGAUGCAGCACUUUCCGACACGCUUCCUGACAAGGAAAUCGAGGAGCAACGCACUGCUCAAGAUGACAUCUACAUUGACCCAGCAGCCGAAAAGGCUCUCCUCCGCAAACUCGACAGAUGGAUUGUUCCUCCCGUUAUGCUCCUCUACCUUCUCAGUUUCUUAGAUCGCGUCAACAUUGGUAACGCUCGACUCUACGGCAUGGAAGAAGACCUCGGUCUCACCGGCGACCAGUACCAGAUCGCAGUUUCGGUGCUAUUCGUCACGUACAUUCUGUCAGAGCUGCCUUCCAACUUGGUCAUUAAAAAAUUCACUCCGUCGCGCUGGAUCGCGUUCAUUACGACUGCUUGGGGAAUUGUCGCAACUUUGACGGGCAUCGUGCAGGACUACAAGAGCCUGGUGGCCUGUCGCGUGAUCCUCGGUGCCCUCGAAGGUGGUCUAUUCCCGGGUCUGACCAUUUACCUCACAAUGUUCUACACAAAGCGCGAGUACGCCCUCCGAAUCGGAUACCUCUUCGUGUCAGCUGCCAUUGCCGGUUCCAUGGGUGGACUCCUCGCUUAUGGCAUCGGCCACAUGGAUGGCGUUGCUGGGCUACGCGGUUGGCGAUGGAUCAUCAUCCUUGAAGGCAUUCCCACUGUAAUCCUGGGCAUCUCAAUCUGGUUCUGGUUGGCCGACACGCCUGAUUCAGCUCACUACCUGACCAUCAACGAACGCGAGCUCAUCGAUCUGCGCAUGCGACAACAGAUCGGACACACCAAGUCGUCGGACCAGAUGCACAAGGAGGAUGUGUACGCAGGCCUCAAGGACUGGAAGAUCUGGCUGUUCUGCAUUGGACAGUUUGGCGGAGAUGUCAUUCUCUACGGCUACUCGACUUUCCUGCCUACUAUCAUCCGAGGUUUUGGUGAUUGGAGCAUUGCGCAGGUCCAGGCUCUUACGAUCCCUUGUUAUGCACUGGGUGCUAUCAGCUACAUCGUUGUGGCCUGGUUGUCUGACCGCAGUCAACGCCGUGCAGUCUUUACUGUGAUUUUUGGCCUUGUUUGCACGACUGGUUAUGCUAUUCUGGUUAGCACUGCUCCUGGAGGCGUCAAGUAUUUUGGUUGCUUCCUCGCGGCCAUGGGCUUGUACGUGGUCGUUGGACUUCCCCUUGCUUGGCUUCCCAGCAACAACCCUCGAUAUGGAAAGCGUACGGUCGCAACUGGCCUACAGCUGACUAUUGGAAACUCUGCCGGUAUCCCAGCCCCAUUUUUGUACAAAACCCAUGAAGGCCCUCGUUUCGUCAAGGGACACGCAGUCUCCAUGGCCUUGAUUGCCAUGUCUUCGGUCAUCUAUCUAUCAUUCUGGGCCUUUUUCCGCCACCAGAACAAGCGAAAGAUGGCUGGUAAGGAGGAUCACAGGAUCCAGGGUCUGACUGAGGAGGAGGCCGAGGAGUUGGGAGAGCACAACCCCCGGUUCCACUACACAUACUAA